AUGUCGUACAAUUAUCAAGAGAGUUUAAAUGGUGAAGCAUUAAGUCGUUAUCAGUGCAAAUUGGAUUUAAUUAGUUGUAAAGAGUGUCCUUACAAGUUACCCGCUGGCGUUUGGCAGAAUAAUCCCUGUAAAUGGCCAGAUGUGCAAUGGGGUGAUGUGUAUUCAUACCUUAUUGACAGCCCAGGUGUUUACACAAGGGAAAGCAUGAAAGCUUUCAAAAGCCUAGAAGCACACAAUUUCUUUAUUUCUGGAUGGGUUCAAACUGUAUUUCACUACCUAACAGAAAAAGGGGCCCCAUUUAUCCUGAAAGCUGACGUUAAACCAUCUCAGAGAGUUAAUGAAGAUCCACAUCGCCCAUGGGUUGCAGUAAAUUCUAGUGGAACUGUUGUUGCAGCCCACUGUGACUGCAUGGCUGGGUUAUCAGAGGUAUGUUCCCAUGUUGCAGCACUCCUGUUUAAAAUUGAAGCAGCAGGCAGACUUGGUUACACAAGGAAAGCAUGCACUGAAGAACCAUGUAAAUGGAAUGCUGAUUUUGUAAAGAAAGUUUUACCAGACCCAAUUUCUAAAAUAAAGUUUUACAAAGCAAGUACUGUUUUGAAAGCCAAGUCUCGUAAAAGAAAUCGUACCCAGAAAUUUACCCCAGCAAAUGAUAAUCAAAAGCAGCAACUAUUAGAUUCACUAAAAGGAUGUACAACAAAACCAAUUGUUCUAUGCACAUUUAAUGGGUAUUCAACUGACUUUCAUUGGACAACACCAACAGUUAAUACCCCCAAAAUUCCAGCAGCACUCAAAGACUGGUAUCAUCCUGAUAAUAUUAAGCUUAGCAUAGAUGAAUUAUAUGAUAAAUGCAAAGGUAUUGCUGACUCUAUGACAAUAUCAUAUGAAGUGUCAAGGUAUAUAUAUGACUGCACAACAGCCCAGAGCAGCUCUAUGACAUGGUAUGACCAACGUGUAGGCCGAAUUACAUCAUCAACAGUGCACAAUGUAUUACAUACAACCCUUGAAAAUCCCUCAACAUCUCUGUUGAAGAAAAUCUGUGACCCAGCACCAAAACCACUAAAUGUACCAGCAGUUAUCUGGGGACGUGAACACGAGAUAAGUGCCAUUAAAGAAUUUCAACAGGUAAUGUGUACUGACCAUCAAAACUUUUGUGUAAAGAAAGCAGGUUUUUUGAUUGAUUUGAAUUAUCCAUAUAUUGGUGUCAGUGCAGAUGGAAUAGCAACAUGUGACUGCCAUGGAAGUAGUGUAUUGGAAGUGAAAUGUCCAUACAAAUAUAGAUCAAGUCUACUUCCUGAGUUUCUUGCAGACCCCAAUACCUGUCUUACAACGGACCAUGAACUGAAAAAAACUCAUCAGUAUUAUAGCCAGGUUCAACUGCAAAUGUAUGUGCACAACAUGAACACAUCCUUUUUUGUGGUAUGGGGUGAAAAAUUCACUGUUGUCAGCAAUGUUACCAAAGAUGAUGAAUUCAUCAAAACAAUGCUAGAGAAAUCACAUAAUUUUUUUAUUAAUGCAGUUGUGCCUGAACUUCUUACAAGAAAGAUUUCAUCACCAACGGAAAAGCCUAUAUCAAAUGAUGAAUUAUUUUGUAUAUGUCAGACGCCUGAAGAUGGCAACAUGAUAGGUUGUGACAACCAGAACUGUAAAUAUAAGUGGUUUCAUCUGGAUUGCAUUAAGAUGAAAAGAGUACCAAAGUUUACCUGGUACUGCUCAUAUUGUAAAAAACAGUAGGAACCUGCCUUUGUACAUGAAUUUAUAUAUAUAUGUGUAAAAUUUGUGUUAUAUUCCAAAUAGAUGAUGCAUAUAGUUCUGAACUAUUUCCUUGUUUUAAUAUCUC